UCGAUCAAUACAAACUUUUAAAACACUUGUUUUCUUGUUUUCUUUCGUAGUAUAGUUUAAUUUGUCCAAGUCGUAACGAAUAAACUGCGUCAUCGAAUUUAAACUUUCAGUAUUGAAUUGGCUGUUACAAAGAGUAGCCGCCAAACUUGUUGUAUUUUGCUAUUAAUUGAAAUAUAAAUUAUUUAAAUAAAAAUCAUGACUCCAACCCCAUUGCCGAUAGUAUCUAUCACCCGGCGUGAAACUUUUAGUGCCUGUCACAGGUUGCACAGCCCAGUUUUGUCUGAUGAAGAAAACAAAAAGAUAUUUGGAAAAUGCAACAAUCCAAAUGGACAUGGACACAAUUAUGUUGUUCUGGUAACAGUGAAAGGUCCUGUAGACCCUUCGACUGGCAUGGUGAUGAAUGUACAUGACCUCAAAGAGUACAUAAAGGUUGCCAUCAUGGACCCCCUUGACCAUAAAAACUUGGACAAAGAUGUUCCAUACUUCAAGAAUGUGGUGAGCACAACUGAGAAUCUGGCUAUUUACAUUUGGGAUAGACUUGUGAGUGUGAUGGAGAAGCCACAGUUACUCCAUGAAGUGAAGAUUCUAGAGACUGAGAAGAACCACAUAGUGUACCGCGGUGGUAGCACCUAUCCCAGGAAGAAGUUUGAUGCAUCCAAGGUACAUCCCAAUGUCCAACAUAAUGUAUCUUCUGACUCUGAUUAAUUUUUAUCCAAGAAUCUAUAUUGACCUAAAUAUAUUUUAUAAUGUAUUGCAAAUGUUAUCGACAAUAUUUAUGGAUCUGAAUUUAUUAUCAUGUUAUUAAUAUUAAUUAAACAUUCCAGCUUAUUUUCCUA